AUGAAGAAGAUUGUGAUUUUGCUGUUUGUCGCGUCUUUCUACUCCGUCGUCAGUAAUCUUUUAUGUGUCAAAGUGGCAGCAAAUCAAGUCUUAACCGAUUGCUGCAAAAAAAAGCCGGGCAAAGAGAAGACCACGACCACGACCACGACUACGACCACCAGCACGACCACUACCGCGAAACCGAAUGACCAUGACGACUGCGGCAAGGCCACAAUCGAGCCCAACCCCACAAAGAAACCGAGCGAGCCCGAGCAUUCAGACGACGACGACGACGACAGCAGCGCCGCCAGCAGCGCCAGCGCUGCGAGCUCUUCCGACUCGAACGAUGCUGCAGCAGCCUCGGCCGCUUCAAGCGCUGCCAGCGGCAAGAAAGCGAAGGCCGCGGCCAGUAGCACCGCGCAGGCCGCCAAUAAAGGCGGCAAACACAAGAAGUGCGAU